AUGUACCAACAACUCCCGUUUGACGAGCUCAAGGUUGACCCCACGCAGAAGAAACGCAUAGCCUACUUCUACGAUGCCGAUAUUGGUAAUUAUGCCUAUGGUGCCGGUCACCCUAUGAAACCGCAUCGUAUUAGAAUGGCCCAUUCCUUGAUCAUGAACUAUGGCCUUUAUAAAAAGAUGGAGAUCUAUCGAGCCAAGCCCGCGACAAAGCAGGAGAUGUGUCAGUUCCACACCGAUGAAUAUAUUGAUUUUAUAAGUCGUGUCUCACCCGACAAUCUUGACUUGUUUGCCAAGGAGAGUGUGAAGUUCAAUGUUGGUGACGAUUGUCCAGUUUUUGAUGGAUUAUUUGAGUAUUGUGGGAUUAGCGGUGGUGGAUCAAUGGAGGGUGCAGCCAGAUUGAACCGAGGCAAAUGUGAUAUCGCGAUAAACUAUGCUGGUGGGUUGCACCAUGCCAAGAAGAGUGAAGCUUCUGGCUUUUGUUAUUUGAAUGAUAUUGUAUUGGGAAUUAUUGAGUUGUUGAGGUAUCACCCGAGAGUUUUGUAUAUUGAUAUCGACGUGCAUCAUGGUGAUGGUGUUGAAGAAGCUUUCUACACAACCGAUAGAGUCAUGACCUGUUCGUUUCACAAAUAUGGUGAGUUUUUCCCUGGAACUGGUGAAUUGAGAGAUAUUGGUGUUGGUAAGGGGAAAUACCAUAGUGUUAAUGUUCCACUUCGAGAUGGAAUUGAUGAUGCUACGUAUAAGUCAGUGUUCGAGCCAUUAAUUAGCAAGAUUGUUGAGUGGUAUCAACCCUCAGCUAUUGUUUUGCAAUGUGGUGGUGAUUCCUUGAGUGGCGAUCGUUUAGGUUGCUUUAACUUGUCAAUGGAGGGGCAUGCAAACUGUAUCAACUUUGUCAAGUCAUUUAAUAUACCAUUGAUGGUUUUGGGUGGUGGUGGAUACACAAUGAGAAAUGUGGCGAGAACUUGGGCGUUUGAGUCUGGAUUGUUGAAUAAUGUCAAGUUGCCACAAGAGUUGCCGUAUAAUGAGUAUUACGAGUACUAUGCUCCAAACUAUACAUUGGAAGUGAGGAACUCAAACAUGUAUAACCAGAACUCGCCCGAAUUUUUGGAUAAGAUCAUGACCAGUAUAUUGACGAAUUUGGAGAAUACAAAGCAUGCACCAUCGGUGCAGAUGAAUGUGGUGCCCAAUGAUCCCGAGGACUUGGGUGAUGUUGAGGAGGAUACGGCGAUUGCUUUGGAUACGAAAGGUGGUUCUGAAAUGGCUCGCGAUGCACAAAUACAGCCGGAUAAUGAGUAUUAUGAUGAAGAUGAUAAGGACAAAGGAGAAAGAAAUGUGAAUUUAAAUGAAGUUGAUAAGGAUGACACUAUGCAAAUUGAUAACAAUGACACUAUUGAAGCUAAGGAAGAAGAAGAAGAUGAUGAUGAUGAUGAGAAGAAGAAGAAGAAGAAGAAGGAGGAAGAGGAGAAAGGAGAAAAAGAGAAGGUUGUUGGAAAUGGAAGCGGGCAUGCAGAAACGUCAGGACUUGAAACAGAAGAUGCGAUGGAGGUGGAUAGUGCACCAGCAUCAACCCUGGCACCAACACAGGGAUCAACACAGGGAUCAACACCAGCUCCAGUAACCACUAAUGAAGUGACUGGGGCCAAUGUAUCAAAUGGUGAAAAUAAAGCCAAUGGCGCUCCCACAUUGACUGAAGAGGAGUUGAAGGAAAUUCAAGAGUUGAAUGAGAGUUUGUAA